CACAACAUGGCAACCAUGUCAUCUUCAUUCUCAAGAACCCUCCUAUGCCUAACAACAUGUCUCUUCCUCACCACUGCACUCUCCGAAAUCUGCAACCCACAAGACAAGGAAGCUCUCCUCCAAUUCAAAAAGGAACUGGGCAACCCAACCUCCCUCUCUUCCUGGCUCCCAACCACCGAUUGCUGCAACCGAACCUGGCAAGGUGUCCUCUGCGACACCGACCACCAAACAUACCGUGUCAACUACCUCGACCUCUCCAACCUUAACCUCGCCAAACCUUACCCCAUUCCUCCUUCCAUCGGUAACCUCCCUUACAUCGACUUUCUCUCCAUCUCUGGCAUUCCCAACCUCGUGGGUCCCAUCCCUCCCGCCAUUGCUAAACUCAGCAAACUCAAUUAUAUCUAUAUCACCCACACCAAUGUCUCCGGCAACAUACCCGAAUUUUUCUCCCAAAUCAAAUCCAUCGUUACACUUGAUUUUUCUUAUAACAGCCUCUCUGGGAACCUCCCUGAGUCCAUCUCCACACUCCCCAGACUCGUCGGCAUCACCUUCGACGGCAACCGCCUCUCCGGCCCCAUCCCCGACUCGUACGGUUCGUUCUCGAAUCUUUUCACGUCGAUGUCGAUCUCCCGCAACCAACUCUCCGGGAAGAUUCCGGCGACGCUGGCGAAGUUGAAUCUGGCGUUUGUGGACUUGUCACGGAACAUGCUGGAGGGUGACGCGUCGGUGUUUUUUGGGUCGGGGAAGAACACGCAGAAGAUAAGAUUGGCGAAGAACUCGUUGUCUUUUGAUUUGGGGAAAGUGGGGUUGUCUAAGAACUUGGAGGGUUUGGAUCUGAGGAACAAUCGUAUUUAUGGGACGCUACCUCAGGGUCUUACGGCGCUCAAGUAUUUGCACGCGUUGAACGUGAGUUACAACAAUCUGUGUGGUGAGAUUCCACAGGGUGGUAACAUGAAAAGAUUUGAUGCCUCUUCCUAUGCUCAUAACAAGUGCUUGUGUGGCUCUCCUCUUCCUCCUUGCAAAGCUUAGUCUUUGCACUGUGGACAAAGUGUUUCUCUUUCAAAUCACACGUGGUUUUAUGUUGCAAUUAAUCCAUGUAGGACCUGUCUUAAUCUCAAUAAUAAUACGUGUGCUAAUGUGAUG